AUGGCCAGCUUUCAACACCCUUUUCAGUGUCUGCAGUAUGUCAAUCGACUGGCAGAUGGCCAGCAAGAUGUACUGGUUGCCUCAGCAGGUCGACACCUCUACACCUAUGAUGCAGCGACUGGCCAGCGCCUCGAUGUAUGGCCCCAGGACGUAGACACCUCGGAGUCUGCUGGUGCAGAUUCUACAGAGGCCCAGGCACACCUGGAAAAGGAACAAAAUCCCUCUUCGGUUUCUAAGGAACAGGCUGAGCAGCAGCCGGCACCAAAGAAGGGCUCAAAAGACAAGGGCCCAGCUUGGUCCAAUAUUCCCCUCGUGGUUGUUUCUCUCGACGGCAAAUAUGUAGCAGCCGUCACCGCUGAGGACAAGUGUAUUCGGGUCUUCACCUUGAGUGAAGAAGGCAAGCUGCAAGAGCUCAGUUCUCGAACAAUGCCAAAGCGUCCAAGUGCUUUGACACUGAACCCCGAUGGCCAAACUCUCCUGUGCGGUGACAAGUUUGGAGAUGCCUAUUCUUUACCUUUGAUUCCCGGAGAUUAUGUGAAGCGUGCCGAGGUGCAACAUUACAAGCCCUUGGGGCCAGCUGCGACAUCGCUCACCGUGCACACCAAGCGCAACCUGUUGUCCUUGGAACAGCAGCGGCAACAGCUGUCAGCCGAAAAAAAGGCUGCCGCUGGGGAGAAGGAGGCUCUUAACUUCGAGCAUCAGCUUAUUAUCGGCCAUGUUUCGGUCCUUCUAGAUUUGAUCUCCGCAUCGGUGUCUGGAGAAUCUCCUGACAGUCGCGCACGAAGCUACAUCCUCACUGCAGAUCGUGAUGAGCACAUUCGUGUCUCACGCGGGCUCCCUCAAGCACACGUCAUUGAGCAGUACUGCUUGGGGCAUACCUCUUUUGUUAGCAAGCUCUGCAUUCCUUCGUGGGCACCCAAGGUGCUUGUCUCCGGUGGCGGUGAUGGUUACUUGAUUGUGUGGAACUGGACAGAAGGGCAGAUUAUGCAAAAGAUUUCGCUGGAUGAGGUUGUGCAAACCCAGGACGUCAUUGUUCGGGGAAUUUGGGAAGUGUCUCUCCAACAACCUGCCGGUCCUGUAAAUGCAAUCCUGGUUGGGUUGGAAGGGCUCUCACAGCUUCUCUCCUUCACUCUUGAGGAUGAUCACACCCUCAAGUUUCAGGGUACCAUUCAGCUUUCCGGAAAUGUCUUCGAUGUGACUGGCAUUCCUUCGAAGAACACCGUUGCCGUCUGCGUGGAUACGAUCCGGGAGCCUAACUCGACAAAUAUGUGGAAGUCAAGCCCCGGAACACCGCAAACUCUUAUUGAAACUUUCCAAGUCAGCUCCUCCGAAGGCAGUCUUAGCUGGAGCCCGGCAGACGAUUCAAUGGUGACUGAAAUCAAUUUGGCGGGCACAACUGACCUUCCAGUGAACCUGGAGCCGAAUCAGAAGAAAGUAUUCGAUGAUUCCUUGUACACCCUGGUAAAUCUUCGGAAGAUGAAGUUUUAUGAUUGA